UUUAUCCGAAAAAAUCCACAGGGCACAGAGGCUGAAUCUCCUUGAUGUAGGCCUAACUUAAUAUUAUUCACAGUUAUAGACGAUAGAUAUAAAAAGAAGACUUUCCGGAGACUGGACAAUUGAAUUCCAAUGAACACCCAGAGUGAAACUUUUGAAGACAGUGACAGAGAAAUAUUUCCUUCCCAGUCGUAGGACUACAAUAAUUUUAGAUUUGUAACAUUUGUUUCUAAGUCGACUGACAUGUAUUCCUACGAGACGCUUGCAUAUUCGGGGGGCACCUUGCCGAGACGUAUUCGAAAUAAAUGGAGACCUCUGACACAGUCAUCAGAACUAAUCAGGACAAACGUGGUCCUGGAGAAGAAUGCAGAUGAGACAUUUGGUUUUGAAAUUCAGACUUAUGGUCUUCACCAUCAGAAUGAAAACUCAGUGGAGAUGUGUACCUUUGUUUGUAGAGUGCACAAUCACAGCCCAGCCAAACUGGCAGGUCUGAAAGUUGGAUAUACCAUUGCAUGUGUUAAUGAGACAUCAGUGGAGGGUUGCCAACACAAGGAGAUUGUUCAGCUGAUCAGGUCUUCAGGGAACAUCCUCAGACUUGAGACACUCUACAGUGAUUCAAUACGGAAGGCUGAGCUUGAUGCUAGACUGCAAUACUUAAGGCAAAUCUUGCAUGAGAAGUGGGAUGAGUACCGCUCCCUGAUGAUGCAGGAACAAAGACUAACCCACGGCAUAGUUAUGAGUGACGCUCUGAUUUAUGAGUCCCUGGAAUCAGCAGGAGUUUAUGGGAGUUUAGGUGUUCCCAGUCCCAUUACCCUUCGUGCUCAACACCUCUGGGAAGGUAGCAACAGCAGCAGUGCCAGCCACCUCAGCGUUGCCACAGAUGAAGACUCUCUGUACCAGGACUGUCUGUACCAGGGUAAUAUGCCCACCCCAUCCAACUCUGAUUCCUAUUGCAAACUGUCUCUGCAACUCUCGGCCCAGAGACUUCUUCGUCCAGCCAUUGAUCUUUUUGCUACAUCAAGAUGUUCACUCACACGUAGUGCCAGCACCCGUAGUUACUUGCAGGAACCAGAGAAUACUGCUUCAUUGUCAGGCAGCAAACAAGGGUGGUUUGGUAUAAUGCUGCCCAAGCCAAAACAAAUGAGCUUUCCGAGGAGUCUGUUGAAGUUCAUCCCUGGCUUGAACCAUGCACUGGAAGAGGAGGAAAGCAAGCUAUGACGCCUUGCAUUAAUGGGAAGGGAAUAUACCUUAAUUGUGAACAAUUGUGCACUUGUUUCCAUGUUUGUUUUCAAUUUGGCAUGCUGAUAGGUAUAGACAUUAGGUAUAGACAUUAGGUAUAGACAUUAGGUAUAGGCUGAUAGUGGGCAACUACCUCCUGGUAACACUAGGGCUGUCAAUCGAUUAAAAAAAAUAAUAAAAUGAAUUACAUACUCUGUGAUUAAU